CUGUGAUUUAGCGGCACGAAGUUUCAUAGCCCUAAAUUUUACGAUCUUCUUCUCAACUCAAUUCCAGUGCGUCUCUGAAUCGAAUCGGCGGAGGCAUUAACCAUGGGUUUGUCUUUAUAAUAUUGUCAAGAGCUCUUAUCUCCUUGGCCCUAUCUUUCCUUGGGGUUGAAGUUUUGGUAUCUCAGAAGGGUUCUUUACUACAGAGUAUAUGGACAUGGAGCAGUACUAUGAGGAGAUUAAUUCAUUUGGAGAAAACAAGUCUUCCGUGGAGAAUUGGAAAUCAGCUUUGGAUGCCAUGGCAGAAACUCAAUGUGAUUCCUCUGGGCUAUUUGACUGUAACAUAUGCUUAGAGACUGUGAAAGAUCCUGUUGUUACACUUUGUGGCCAUCUCUUUUGCUGGCCCUGUAUUUACAAAUGGCUUCAUUUUCAGGACAGCUCUACAGAAAAACAAGGCCAACGACUCCAGCAAUGUCCGGUUUGUAAGGCGGAAGUUUCUGAUGCUACGCUAGUCCCGCUCUAUGGCAAAGGUGAAACUCAAGAUCCAUUCGAAAGCAAGAAUUCGCAGCUGGGAAUCGUCGUCCCUCGUAGGCCUCAAGGACCUGCUUGCUUUGAGUCACCAAGGGCAACCUCUCACCCUCACCCUCACCCUCACCCUCACCCUGUUCUUCAAUUCCAGCAAGGAAAUUUAUCAGAUCAGUCGAACAUUUACUAUGCUGAAGGAGUAUUCGGAGAAAUGGUUUAUGCGAGAAUGUUCGGUGCGAUAACGAAUCUAUAUUCAUAUCCGAACUCGUAUCCUCUUGUGUGGAGCAGUAGUCCUAGGAUCAGAAGGCAUAUUUUGCAGACGGAUGAAUCACUCAAUAGAAUCUGCAUCUUCCUUUUCUGUUGCUCAAUUAUCUGUCUUCUGUUGUUCUGAGGAGUAGGUUUUUUGUUUUAGUCUCCGACCCAUUGUAAAAGAAUCGUAGUUCGAACACUGCAUGAUUGCAGAUUGAGUCUGAUGUAGGUGUGGCUGAGUGUUGGUGGCGAUGUUGCCCCUUGCCUGCCCUUCUUUUGCAGUUGAUGUAAAUAAUAAUUUUGCUUAACAGCCUCAUUU